AUGAUGAAAUUUCUGCUCGAGAUUUUCCUCCUCACCAUUCUCUUUAUCCUCGCCAUUUACUACGCCUUCCUGCUCCCUCCCAAACACCCCACUAAUAUUCCAACCGUCCCAUUCUGGGUCGCUCUCUUGCCUUUUUUCCAAGAUAUCGACCAGUCGGACAUCUUUCACAAAUACAUUCAGCAGCCACUGAGGAGAUACGGCGCAGUGAAGCUGUGGUUCGGCGCACGAUGGAACAUAUUAGUCCAUAGUCCGUCCUACUUGGCCGAGAUCUUCAGGGAAGAGGAUAUAUACCAAAAGAGCGGUAACCAGAAGAAGAUCCCUUACAGCGUCCUGGCGGAGUUCCUCGGGGAUAACAUCAUUUCCAGUCAUGGAGAGACCUGGAAAGGCUACCGGUCGGUGAUCAUGCCGGCACUGAAGAACUUUGAUACAGCAAAGAUUGCUGCCAACGCGAAACUUCUUUGCCAGAUCUUAAGGGAUGAGCAACUCCGGACCGGGAAAGGCGGCGUCUUCGUGCAGGAGAUCCUUCAAAGGUACUCGGUGGCAAACUGUUCGGAAGUCCUCCUCGAGAUGGAUCUAGAGGCAUUGAAGUCACCUGAUGUGACGAUUCAUGUCCUACAAAGCGCAGUUAAGAGAGAGAUCUUCAAGCCCAUCUUCAUGAACUUUCCAAGGCUGGACAUGUUUCCCUUCCCCGGCCGCCGAAGGGCUCGCCAGCUGGUUCGCCAGUUCAAGCAGGUGUUGAGGUCUGCUCUUGUGGCUUCAUAUUCUUCGGCAUCUCUAGAUGGGUUGAAUCGCAGGAUGCUGGAUGCUCGAGAAUCCGGAAUGUGGACGGAGAAACAACUUCUUGACAACUUGACCGUCCUAUUUGUGGCAAGUCAGGAGAAUCCUCAGCUUUGCAUGAUAUCGACACUCUACCUCCUGGCAAAGCAUCUGGAAGCGCAAGAGAAACUCUAUAAUGAGAUCGUAAAUCACGGCCUGGAUGAUGCCACAGCAUCCCUCAACAUCAACGUCCUUCAGAAUAUGCCAUUCCUAACCUCCGUCAUCUACGAAAGCCUGCGCCUCUUUCCCCCAAUCAACCAACUUAUCAACAGACGUGCCAGCACCAAUAUCUACCUGGGCGGCACAAUCUUCAUCCCCGAAGGGACCUAUCUCGGCUACUGCUGCUACUCAACCAACCGCGACAAGUCCGCCUGGGGUCCGACCGCGGACGACUUCGACCCAGCCCGAUGGGGGGACACGCCGGCCGCCAUCCAAAAACACUACCGCAUGCGGCGUGCUCGGGCAGAAUUCAUCAGCUUCCACGGCGGACGGCGGGCGUGUCUCGGGGAAAAGUUUGCGCUGCUGGAGAUGCGGAUCACACUGGUCGCGCUGGUGCGCGAGUUUGUCUGGGAGCUGGAUCCUGCGUGGGUCACUCGGAUGACACCGGCAGCAACUUCCUUUUGUCUCAUUCCCCCGAUAUCCAAUGCCAAGGCUCAGGGGGGUUCUUUGUCCGAUUGAGAUCACGACAUCUCAUCAAAGGACCUUGCCGUACUCGCUUUCUAGCUCCUGUUCCUCAAGUUCAACGAUUCAUUCCCUGCCCAGGGUGCCAGUUUGAACCACGACACAAGAAGCUCCAACACACCGGCAACCGAAACAUUAUGGAGGUUUCAAACCAAGGGACAUCGUUCUACCACCGCUUUCGCACAUGCGAACAAUAUUCACAAGAAGCAUCCUCCACCCUCACCUUCAUCCCCAGAUGGAUCAAGAUAUGUUGCCAUCAACGGCUCUUACACCCACAAUGAACAUAACAAAACAGCUAUUGACGCUUUUUUCGCCAACUUAAUCCUCUCUCAGACUUCCUUCCAACAAACCCAUCCCAUCCAACACACCCCAGAGAGCAUCACACUUGCCACCAAAAUCGUCAAUCUCUUCGAUAGCUACCUUCGGUACCACGGUGGCAUCAAUGACCAGUGGGAAUCACACGGCCGCGAGUAUUUCACCCAUCGCGUGCGCCACUUCACGGCACAAAAUGCUCCGAUCGAGUUCUGCUUACCGGCCUUUCCAUGCAAGUCGUCCAACCUGGACAAGGUGACCGGUACAGACCCGGAUAAAGGGGAAGAAAUAGCACUGGAACGGCUACACAGCUUCAUCGAGGCGGUCGAUGGAAUCUAUGAGCCGGGAGGAAGGCUCUGGAUCAUCAGUGAUGGUCAUGUUUUCAGUGACUGUAUCGGGGUUGACGAUUGCACUGUGGAUGCUUAUGGCGAGAAGCUACGACGGAUGAGCCACGCAAUUGGGUUGCGUAAGGGGAAGCCAGAUCGUGUUGUCUUCCGGUCGCUUGUUGAUCUUUUCCAGCUGGGGACAGUUAGACAAGGUAAGGAGGAGUCGGGACUUGUACAGCAACUCGAUAAUCUGCCUCCGGUCACGCAUUACCUCGAGACACGAAUGACAGACGAAGCGGAACUAUGUCGCCGAAUCUUGAUGGCAGGUUGCGGCCCGUCCAGAACUGCAGUGAGGGCUAGGAUCGAAUCCAAUGAUUCUGCUAUCACUGCACUUUACAGGGGCUUCUCGAGGUUUAUGCUGGAGGACCUGGAGCUACAUUCCCUGUCCAGGACGAGGACCAGGUCCCAGCAGAAGAAGCUGGCGACAAAAGUGGCUUUCGAGAUGAUACUGAGAAACCAAGCCUAUUCGAACCUUGUCGAGUUGCUCUUCCCACACCACGUCCGGCUCUCAAUCCAUGCACACAACAACGCUGGUCCCAAAUUCGGAAUCCGUCUCUUCGAUCCCUCUCGGGUGAAGGCCGUGAAGGAUCUGACAGUUGGCAGUGAACUGGAGGCCUCGCCGGACCUGCUGCACAUCCCGACGCCCUGGCACAACUGCAUUGUGCAGCUCGGGGGCCAGGAUGUGUUCUUCCUGACCAAGGCAAAAGUUGCACGUGCGGCACUCGUCUCGGGAGUGGUUACAGGAAAACUGGCUGGGAUGGACGAGGGCAGUGCAUACUUUGCGCUGGAGAGGAGGACCAUUACUGUGCUCUCUUCUGUGAGCCUGGCAACUCCUGCAGUGGCUAGUGCUGACAGUAUCACCGUUCUGGAGGCGGCAGGGGGGCGGCACAUCAACGGAUUUCGGGUGCAUAUGGGGGACAAAGCAGAGAAUGAGGAUGACGGUGUAACGGCCGGAGGUCGCUUUGGCAUCGGGAUGCCAAGAACGGGGACUCCCGUGACCGCCGUGCCGGCAUUGUCGGCUAUUGGCGAUUGCUAG